CGGCGGUUUACCCUUAAACCCUGAGGAUUUUGACUUGAGCUUGCUCGCUCCAGCAAGCAGCCUUAAGCUUAAAACCCCAGAUAUCAGAGGCUUAAACGGCAUUCCAGCAGGGAAGACGAGGGAUAAGCAAUGAGAGAGAGGAGUUUGCUAUUUAUUCUGAGGCAAAAUAAAGCCUUGGGCUCCAAGAUUUCAUCGAAUCUGAGCGGUUGGUUGAAUCCAACCUCUGGUAUUUCGACCCAAACCUCCGAACAGUACAGGCUUUUAUCUUCUUUAGCAAAGCUUGCUCCUUUAAGCAGGCGCUCAAUUACCCGAAGCUUUCUCAAUUAUGGGUUCAGAUCCUUUCAUCAGCUCAAUCACAAGGGCUACAGGUCACCAUUUAGGCAUUAUUCCACUGCACCAUCUACUGUUGCUGAAACUAAGGAGGGAUUGAAGUCCCUUGUAACUGCUGGGCCACGUGCUCAGAAAAUGAUUGGGAUAUGGCUUUUUACUUCAGCUGCUUGGGUAUUUAGUAUGGUGGUGCUUGGGGGUGUCACACGCCUCACUCGUUCUGGCCUCUCAAUGACUGACUGGAAGUUUACCGGGGGCUUGCCUCCUCUAUCUGAUGAAGAAUGGAUGGUUGAAUUCGAGAAAUAUAAGCAAUCUCCCGAGUACAAUCGUGUGAACAGGGGGAUGACAAUUGAAGAUUUCAAGUUCAUAUAUUGGAUGGAAUAUGCACAUCGAAUGUGGGGAAGGGCGUUAGGUAUAAUGUUUGCACUUCCUUUCUCAUACUUCCUUCGCAAGGGAUAUAUUACUGUUCGAUUAGGGCUUCGACUGUCUGGCCUAUUUGCCCUUGGUGCUGGACAAGGACUUAUAGGUUGGUGGAUGGUUAAAAGUGGUUUGGAGGAGCCACCAUCUGAGUAUGCUAUACCAAGAGUGAGCCCUUACCGCCUUGCAGCUCAUCUUACUUCUGCCUUUGCCAUUUAUUGCGGCCUCUUUUGGACUGGUCUCUCUGUUGUUAUGCCUGAACCUCCCGCCGAAUCUCUUGCUUGGGUUCACGGGGCAGCAAAAGUAAAGCGACUUGCAAUUCCUGUUGGCAUCCUUGUUGGAAUUACAGCUAUAUCAGGAGCAUUUGUUGCUGGAAAUGAUGCUGGCCAUGCAUUUAAUACUUUUCCAAAAAUGGGAGACAAUUGGAUUCCAGAUGAUGUUUUCAGUAUGAAGCCACUCAUUCGCAACUUUUUUGAAAAUACAGCAACAGUCCAGCUUGAUCAUCGAAUACUUGCCACUGCAACAUUAGCUUCCAUUAGUGGCUUAUGGUGGGCUACAAGGAAACUAGAUCUUCACCCUGCAAUACGGUCUUUGAUUGGAAGCACUAUGGGUAUGGCUGCUCUACAGGUUACCUUGGGCAUUUCAACGCUUCUUUCGUAUGUGCCCGUUUCACUAGGAACUGCUCAUCAGGCCGGGGCUCUAACGCUUUUAACACUGAUGAUUCUGCUCAACCACACCGUGAGGCGCCCAUCUCCAUCACUUCUCAAGUCACUGCCUGCACUUACAAAAACAGUCUGAUAGUAUACACUGAGAUUCUCUCUUGUUUUUGACAAUCCCUGUUGUCCUAUUUGUGAUACCUCUGCACUGCAGAGAAGCAGCAAAUGAAGUUUUUUGCUUCUCAUGAACUUCUAUGUUUUAGUUUGUAUUGAAACUUUGAGAAUCAUUUAUCACAUACCAAUUAACAUUUCAACCA